UUGGCUGAGAUCAAAGUAAUGCUUUCGUAAUUCAAAAUUGGUGGACGUGUUAGCUACUAAUGAUAUGAAAAAUAUCUUUCCUGUGUAGAAAAUUCGGUUGAUAUGUGGAUUUCUUAACAGUAGCGGUGAAUGGACCAUCAGUGCACGGAUUUGGUAUAUUAUAACACAUUUGCAGUACGAAAGCCAUCAUAAAAGUUUUAUUCAACAAUUCAAUUUUAGAUAUUAGCGAGAGAAAUGAUCCUAGUGAAAAGUGACAAUAAUUAAAUCUUACGAAGGCACUUGGAGAUGAAUUUUAUAUGAAAUAUAAUAUCAACAUCAAAUUUCAAACACGUGCAGAAUUCUUAUGUACAAACAGUACUAGCCUAUUUCCAAUCAAUAGUGCAAAGAAAAACAUUGUGAAAAUAGUGGCAUUGGUUGUGGUUGUGCUAACAGAUCUAGUCAGUGAUAAAGCGAAACGAUCCAGCAAGCACUUCGGAACCAGUCGGACAAGGGUGUAAAAUGUUCAGUCCAGAUUAUGAGAAACGGAUUCUAAAACACUGUAGGCCGGCAGCGCGAAGUUUAUUUAAUAGUGGCGAGUCAUCAUCCUCAUUGGAUCGGUUCAUCCCGUGCCGAUCCAACAACAACUGGCAGACCAAUUUUGCAUCACUUAGCAACAAAUCAAACGAAAACUCACCCCAGUCGAACAAGAAACAACGUGAUUGCGGAGAAACAGCACGAGACAGCGUUGCUUACAGUUGUCUACUACAAAACGAAUUACUUGGCACGGGAAUCGAGGACGUAAAAUCCGUGACAGACGAUAAGAUUGGCCUGCUGUCCAACAGUAAUCGCCCCGGGCUGUUCAAGUACCAGUCACCGACGAAGCAGGAUUACAAUGAACAGUGCCCAUACUCGCUGUCGCCGGUUAGCAUAAAAAGUCAAAAACUACUACGGUCGCCACGGAAAGCCACCCGCAAGAUCUCCAAGAUCCCUUUUAAAGUGUUAGAUGCACCGGAACUACAAGAUGACUUCUACCUGAACUUAGUGGAUUGGUCCGCACAGAAUGUACUUGCAGUGGGGCUCGGUAGCUGUGUGUACCUUUGGAGCGCUUGUACCAGUCAGGUGACACGGUUAUGUGAUUUGAGUUCCGAUGCAAAUACCGUCACUUCGGUCUCAUGGAGUGAACGAGGGCAUCAGCUAGCGGUAGGUACGCAUCAUGGAUACGUCACUGUGUGGGACGUGGCUGCAAGUAAACAGGUUAAUAAAUUACAAGGUCAUUCGGCUCGCGUAGGAGCACUUGCCUGGAAUGGUGAUGUCCUCUCGAGCGGGUCUCGAGAUCGCCUGAUUAUGCAGCGAGAUACGCGUACACCUGCCCAGGUUUCCGAGCGACGUCUCGUUGGGCACCGACAGGAAGUGUGCGGACUCAAAUGGUCUCCGGACAAUCAGUAUCUCGCCAGUGGCGGUAACGACAAUAGACUGUACGUCUGGAAUCAGCAUUCAUCCAAUCCGGUGCAGUCAUACUCGGAACAUAUGGCUGCGGUGAAAGCGAUCGCAUGGUCUCCGCAUCAUCAUGGGUUACUGGCCAGCGGAGGCGGUACAGCUGAUCGCUGUAUACGCUUCUGGAAUACCCUCACCGGUCAGCCAAUGCAGUGUGUGGACACUGGAUCUCAGGUUUGUAAUCUUGCUUGGUCGAAACAUUCAUCGGAGUUGGUGUCAACCCAUGGAUACUCGCAGAACCAAAUCCUCGUGUGGAAAUAUCCCUCACUGACGCAGGUUGCUAAACUGACAGGGCAUUCGUACCGGGUCCUGUAUCUAGCUCUGAGUCCCGAUGGUGAAGCAAUUGUCACCGGGGCCGGAGAUGAAACGCUGCGCUUCUGGAAUGUGUUUAGCAAAGCACGUAGCCAGAAGGAAAACAAAAGUGUUCUAAAUUUAUUUACCAACAUUCGGUAGACACGCUCUGUCGGAAUUCGUUUGUGAUUUUGUUGAAAUAGGUAAACCCGAUCAGCGGCAAAAUUUUAGGUACACUUCAUAUUUGGUUCGCUCCAUUUGGCUUUCUUUAGAUUUAAACGUUUCAAAUAACUUAUUUUUGCACUUGUGUAUAUUUUUGUAAGUACUUUAUUUUCUUUUAGAAGAAAUAGAAUGAGAACUCAGAGUAAAAGAUUUAUAAAGAGUGCGCUAAAUUUUUGAAUGUUUGAAAUAAAUAUCUAGAUUUUCAAUCAAAUACGAUUUGUAUUUAUAAUUCAGUCUUGUGUAUAAGUCUAUUAUUGUCAUAGAGCGAUGAUAAAGUUGGUUUGCUAUCUUCAGUAUCGAUAAAAUCAAAAUAAACUGUUUGUAUUUUUGUUCUUCGGUAAUAUAAAUUUAGACCGAUUGUGUAAUAGGAUAUCAGUAAAGUAAUAACAAGAAAGUCCAAUUGUUUACUUUCUCGUCCAAAAUGAUAAUAUUUUUUUAGGGUAAAUUUUAAGUACUAUACUAAAAAAAUGACAGAAUAAUUUGAGGAUUAAAUCAGUGAAGUUUUCAUUAUAAAAAUCAACAGAAAAUAUAAGCUUGAAAGAUAUUUGGCGACAUUAAAAAAAGGUAUACCAAACGAACAAAAAAUACACAAGAUUAUCAAUUCUGUGUCAAAACAGCUUCGAACGUUAAACAGGAAUCACAUUCUCGAAACCACGAAUGAUUUUUUGCCAGGUGAAAACAAUGAAGGUCAAAAUUUCGGCAAGGCAAAAAAUUGCAUUUUUUUAAACUAUAAAAACCAAAUGGACAGUCGUUUGGGACUAUUUGAACUGUUGACCGACCAAAAUCAAAUUUUAUCCUGAAUAGCCAUCAGGUAUUUGAAUUGAUUCGUACCGUUUUGUUAUGAAAAGUUUCGUGAUCGAUUAUGAGAGUAUUCUUACUGUACGUUUAUUCAAAGUAUUGUGUGAGCCGUUAUCCACUACUUUUUGCCAUCUUCCAGGUAAAGCUCGAAUACAAUCCAAUUUUUAGUCAAUACGUAGCUCUCGAAGUGCUUCUCUGACAAACAAUGCGUAAUCGAAUCGAACAAUGUCCAGUGUAUAUGGCGGGUGGGGAACAUCCCAUUUCAACGUUUCUGAAUAAGCUUUAACGACUUUCGAAAUGUGGGGUCAUGUAAUAUCAUGAAGCAAAAUUAAAUUAUUGUGACGAGCUUAACAUUGCGGCCACUUUUUCUACCCCGUUGAAGCGCAUCAAAUGUCGUCUAUAUUCAUCAGUGAUAGUUUCGCCCGGUGGGAGCUGCUCAUAAUAAGAAAAGCCCAGUUCAUAUCAUCAAAUUUUCGGUUGUCCGGGACAUUCCUUGUUUCGAAGUAAUGAAGUAACACUCCCCAUAAAAACGAUUGUUCAGGCGCAAAAAUCGAUUGUUUGAUAUUGCACAACAAAAUAUGAAAAUGAAUAGUUUUCUUCACAUUUCGCCUUCUUACUAUCAUUUAAACUUCACUUGAACAACAAUUUUAGAAUUGUUUCACCAUGGCGUACUAGUUUUACCGAUGUUUGGAAUGAAAACUGAUUACAAUUUAGUAAACUAAUGUACUGACCUCGGUGUAACAAUUGUUCAAGUAAAGCUUAGAUUUUGUUUUAUAAACGUUUCGAAUUGAAUUGCUAAGUAACUCUAACAAUGGAAUUUGACCUGCUAUGCAUUUACGAGCUGAAGUCGAAAUGUAAACAAAACUAAAACUGAUUAAGUAUCCUAAGCAUACAAAAACUUAUCUUUGAAUAACUAAAAAGUGUUGAUUUUAUUUUCGAAUUUUCUUUAUUUACCAUCGUAUAAAUAUUGUGAUAGAGGUAAGAGAAAGUGGACAAAUGGUGGUGCUUGAUAUCAUUUUUGUACUUUUGACAACUUGUUUAGGAAUGCAUUUAUAAUUAUGAUGAUUCUGCUAUCAAAGAAAACUGAUGCAAUUCAGAUUUGACGUACAUAAUGCAAUACACUUUUCCAAUCUGAAUAAAACUCAAGUUUAAAAUCAAAUUCAAGGUCCGGCAUUUGAAGAGCUACAUUGAAACAAUCAGAUAAAUUGUAAAAAAAAAAUAUUUAAUUUCAAAUUCAUUCAAUUUCACUUGAUACCUUCUCUAUCUUGCUUGGCUUGAGAAGGAGUUUAUUUCUCAGGACGCAAAGGAGACUUUGAUACGAUACAUUGAGAUUUCUUCGUUGAGUUAGGGUAACGGAGGUAUUUUGGCCCACUUUAGGAUUGAUUUUAUUUUGGCCCAAUUUGUAAAAAUACCCACCAAAUUUUGUAAUAUCUUUGAAAAACCCUUCCGCAAAUAGGUAAUUUAAUGUGAUUAGCUUCAAAUUGAUGCAACAUGGGUUACUUAACAUCGGUUAAAUCCAUAAAGUUUGUUAGGUGGGCAAAAAUAUAUGAAGUGGCCAAAAUACCUCUGUUACCCUAAUUUAGUGGCACUAAUGGCGUAAAUUUCUCUUAAGACCUGAAGAAUGAUCUUCACAAAGGCAGGUGUCACCACAGUAGCUCCACGUUCCCCAUCAUAUAGUUUUUUUGCUUCCGAUUUCCAGGUAUGGUUUGACUAUAAACGAGCUGUCUUUAUUCCGUUUUCCAUUUUAGAACAAGACUACAAUAGUAACAUGUUUCGGUUCGAAAUCUUUUUAUCCAAGACACAAUGUCGCCCAACACAGUUUCGCGUGCAACGUAAUAGUGACUGUAGAAUAGUAAUGUAGCAGUUCAAUUGCCGAACCAUGUAAGGCAUCGACUUCAUUCGUUCGAAUUUGAGUGAAUUCAAGACAUGGAAAUACCGAUUCAAGACAUCAUGUUUGAUUCAGAAGGAACACUUUUCCGAACAAAAUUGAUUCAUUCUAUUGUCCGCAAAAUCAUUCUUUCACCGGUUAGAAUAAGAAUUGUAUUAUUUUUUUAGUACUUCUUUCUCUUAUUGGGAAUCUUACGCCAGAGAGAGAUUUUAAAAUACAACCAGAUAAUGCAGAAACUAAAGUUUUUCAUUGGCAAAGUAUGUUGUAGUCGUUUUGUCAAAGUUUUUGAUCGUGCACUUUGUCUUGCCUUAAAUAAAUGCGAACUAGUGCAAAUGCAGUAAGUAUCUAUUUUUACGAACAUGCAGGACCUUCAUUCGAGUCCACAUCGAAACUCGCAGCGGAUUCAACUGGGGGCGUCAUAUGUUUUGCUUAUGAUGUGUUCGUAAAAUCAGAGAACCGAAUAUCUUGGUAACACUAUUUCUUUGCUACCGAUUAGACCCUAGUAGUGUUACCAUAUUUUAACUUCUUCACUGUCAAAUAUAAUCCUACUCGUUAAUAUGAUUGUUUGUUACAGUUCUAUAGUUUGUUUUUUAUAUUGUCUUUAUAAAACUUUCCAUCUGUCAAAUUUCGAAAUGUGUAAUAUUCAAAUUCAACUAUUCUAUUUUGAUCUACUAUCGAAAUGUCAACUUUUACCCUAAAGUUAAAAUCAUGUCCGAGAUGUUAGCAAAAAAUUGUCGGCCAUACGCAAAUCAAUGCAACUGAACUCAAUCCUAGAGCAGGAUUGAAUUUUAUGACUAAGUUAUGGCUCAAGCCUACUGAAAUAAAUAUUGUUGAUGCUGGAUAUCCGCAGAACCGGCGGUACUCCACAUAAAACUUCGGCUCGUGUCCAACUCGGUUUCCAAGAUUUCACCAAUCGACCUUGGAACAAUAAAUUUGGCAACAGAGACUAUGCAACGACGAAAACUUCAUUAAGAAUUAUAUUACUAAAACCCUCAAAGUUUAUUCUCGUCAACAACAAAACAACAUAUAUUAUAUGUGCCAAAAACUUCUGGCUUAAAAGGUAAUUCAUAGCAUUGACGCAAGCUUUUGUAUAAUAGUAAAAUCCAUAUUUUAUAUUUUCGUUCAACUAUUGUACUCCCUACAAGACUGCGGAAAUCGAAUGAUUUUCCAUACCUCGGGGCUCAUCGUACUGUAUUAGCCAUAGUUUUAACAUGUAAAUAGUACUUUUAAUUCAAAUUAAUAAUAUAAUUUAUCCCAUUCGAAAGUAAACAUUUUGUUUUUCUUCAUUACUAAUGUAACAUAUUGGCAUAUAUUCUGAGUUAUUCGGAGAAAUAUUGAAAAAAAAUACGAACGCUAAUCCGUGUAAAGCAUAUUAGAAACGUCAGAGAAGCAUUUGAAAUUAACUUCACCACGUGCUUUAGCCGAAUAAUCACUACGCAUGCCAAACCCUUUAUAUACAAAUCAGUACACGGCUCGAUAGUGUCGUGUUACAUGCCAGCGAAGUUUAUAUGCUCACAAGUGUUCGCAACCCAAUAAAUAACAAUAAGAAGCUCCAAAAUUGAAGUACUAUAACAAAUGAAACGUAUAGCUGCGCACGAAAUCAACCAUAGCUAAUUAUUAAAAUGUUUAAGUGACAAGUGCACCAGUAAAGUUUAUAACAAUAAAUUGAGGCGUUGAAUUAUUCAUGUAAAAUAUUGAGAAACAUAUCUAACUCAUUCUGUUAUAUACACUCGAAUCGAUUAUGGUUAACGUUUAAUCUUUUCUACUCGUUUAGAUAAACAACUGAGACUGAUCACCAAGUCACCACCAUUCAAUUCUACUGAAAAUUUUAGCAAUGAUAUUCCUUCAAAUAAUAAUUACUACAUAAAUGAUUUGAUUGACAAAUGCUACAAAUGUACCGUUCAUACUAUCAAAUCUAUAAAUUACGCAAAAUAAGUUGUUUUUCAUUUUGGUAUUUGAUUCUGACACAAUAUCAGUAUCAAUUUUAUUAAAAAAUUAUCCUCUCCGACGAAUUUUAGUAGGUCAUCUUUAUAUGAGUGGCUUAAAAUUCAAUUUAAACGGACAAUAACUUGUGAAGCCAAAAACCUGUUUUAAUCCACCUAGUGGUGUAAUGGUGCCUUUCUCAUAUCAAUCAUACUAUCAUAUAUAAUACUGUGGUACUCUUCAAAAUAAUUUCUUCGAUUCCUAAAAGAAUAAUCAAAAUCAGUUUGUUUGACCGUCUACUGAUAAAAACUAUCAAUUGGAGAAGAUUUGAGGUCGAUUUAGAAAACUUUCUAUGGGUUUUCACACCUUUCAGUUAUGGUAAAAAUUUUUAAUGCAGUUUACCCUAUAUUUCCGAAUCCAGAAGUCGGAUCCGGAUUAAAUUCAGGAAUUACGUAUGGGAUCACAGGACCUUUAAUUUGAACCUAAGUUUGUGAAAAUCGGUCGCGCCAUCAAUGAGAAAAGUUAGAACACAUAUUUUAAUUUUUUUGCACAUUUCACCCCAUAACUCCGGAACUGGAAGUCGGAUCCAAAUAAUAUUCAGGAAUUUUGUAUGGGACCAUAAUACCUUUCAUUUGAAUCUAAGUUUGUGAAAAUCGGUUCAGCUAUCUCCGAGAAAAUUUAGUGCAAAAAAACGUUACACACACACACAUUUUGCGUACUCGACUAACUGAGUCGAAUGGUAUAUGACACUCGGCUCUCCGGGCCUCGGUUCAACAGUCGGUUUGCACAGUGAUUGCAAAACCUUUCUAUAUGAGAAAGGCAAAAAUCCAAUCACUACUAAAAGUGAAAACUAUAUUUCUAUCACUUUCAUUUUGACAGGAAGGUGAUUGAUUCGUGGUGACUACAGACUCUCAUAGUAACAGACCGGCGAAUACUUCUUAGGGAACCAAAUGAACUGUCAAAUUCCUAUGCUAUAGUAUGGGAAUUUGACGGUUCGUUUGGCUCCCUAAGGUACAUUCGUCAGUGUGUUACUAUGAGAGUAUGUAGUGGUGCCAAACACCUUACGUAAUGCCAACAUUUGAUAGUUAUGUUGACCCUUCAGCAGUGGUGACAGAACUUGGUGAUUAUCAUCUGACAUGAUUCAAAAUUUUCAAAAGUGAUAAUCACCUAACGUGAUUCCACCUCACCGACUCAGAGAGAUGUUCGCCCUUAUUCUUAAUAAUGACGUAUUGGUUUUUCGAUCGAAUAUGGUUCGGUCGAAUCCUAGCUACCUUUGAUUUUGCUAGCGUUAUUAGGAAUACGAAUGAAAUACGAUCGAAAAAACGAUACGUCGUUAUUCAGAAUAAGGGUGGUUGACUCAAUCGAAUUCCGAUGACCCAUUUCGUAUACAUAGCAAAUCGUGUUCCGAGGUCACCGUUCCAUCGACCAGCCCGCCUAAAUGAAAUGUUUGCAUCGAAUGGAUUCAAACAUUACAGAAAGACUUUCGAUCCCUUGCAAUUGGCAAACGACGCGUAUUUAAUUUAUAUUCUUCAAUUUUGUAUUUCUCGAGUUUGCAUUCAAUGUUUCAUUUCUUACCGUAUCCAAAUCUUCAGCCUUCUGAGCCAGCCGAUCACACCCUUGGAACAUAGUAUGAUAUUGCACAUUUCUGGAUAUUUUUUGUUUUGUUUGUUCUAUUUUAUUUGCGACUUUAACCGUUUCUGGUCAUUCGCCGCACCGGAUAUUUUUUCUAUAGACACUCUUGCACAAAACACUAAUAAUAAUAGAAUUAUUAUUUAUACACAAAGAAUUAUUCUUUCGUCCUAAUUUUUCUUUAUGUGUCAAAUUAUAUAAGGAUGAUAUGCAAAAUGCUAAUUUAUGAAUGGCAAGGAAUGCUGCAGAUGAUUUUCAUAAAAACGAGCUGACAAUUUAAAUUUUCAUUAAGGAUUAAAAUACUCUUUAACAAUAGACUUCGAAAUACUUGACCUAUUUGAAGAAAUUUCAAUAAUUUUCGCGUUUUAAAUGAAUUAUUACAUACAAACCAAUUCGCAUCCUCUCAUUCUGCUACUAACACAGAAGGCGAUAGCACCCAGUCGACGCCGUUCUAUUGAAUUUUAUUUGAAUUUUUCAUUGUAUGUAAAAUGAGUAAUUUUUAAGACCUCCGUACAAGCUUCAUUAAAAAUACUUGAUCAUUUAAUAAAUAUAACCUAAGUUUUGCGACGACAAUGUAAAUUUGGGCCACUUCUCGCGAACAGAGAACGCCCUGAAAUGUGCCGUUUCGGAAAAAACGCAAGAAGUCUCAACACCUAGAAAAUCAGUAGAAAAACGUGAAUGUAUUGCGUCAAAUGAGAAAUCAAUUUCUCUUCAAAUAAAUAUUUUUAUUUCAUUUUUACUUGUGUGAUAUUAUACCUCAUGAUUUACGAUAUAACUUCUAGUAAAAAAAUUUCUUAACAAUUAAUAAUUCAAAUAUUAUACACUGAGGUCUUUUUACGUAAUUUUUUAAGUGUUUUUUGGCGAAAUUCCGUAGUUACGCGGUGUCGCGGACGCUCGAAUUAAUUUUAAUAUUUAUGGAAGAUUUCUUCUGACGAGACGGCCGUAAGUAGAAUCGUAAAAUCAGGCCGAUCCUAGAAUAAUAGGCUGAGUUAUAAAAUUUGUAUAAUGUUUUGUUAGGAUGUAGCGUCUAGACAAAAUCGGCGCACAGUAUAGACAGGAAAUAAAUAUAUUAUUUCUUUUGCAUCUCCUCUGAAUGGGAAAACCCAUAUCAAUUGGUCUAUUGAGACGCGCAAAGAUAAAGGUAAAUCAGCAGGUAAAAUUAGCAUAUUUGUCUGUCCCUUUUGAGGUUUGAAGUGUAGUAAUAGAAUAAGAAAAGUGUACAUAUAGAUGUAAGAUGGAAAUAAUAAAGUAGUCUGUUUUUAGUUAGGAAACAA